UUCGCGCGUGUGUGGGUGUUCCCGCCAAGGAGCUGUCAAAAUUAGCAAAAUCAGGAUAACUUUCAUUGUAUAUUUUGGAUUUUACGAAAUCAUAUUUUAAUUUUAGUGAAUAUAUUUAUCAAAAUGUCGAAACCGGACGCAGAGUCCUUUAUACAAAGGAAUACGGAUGAAAGUGACGAUGAUUGGAUAGCCGCAAUGGACAAUCUUUGCUCCAAGUUGACCAUGGAUGAAGUGACUACAGCCAAAUCUAAGAAGUCUUUUUCGGAAAUCAAGCGAAAUUAUACAUUAGAUGGAGAUAUUUUACAUUGGAUGGCUUGUGCGUUAUAUGUAGCUUGUCGCUCGUCUAUCACACCCACAGUGACAUCGGGGAAGGCUCUGGAAGGAAACUGUGUCAGCCUUACGAGGCUACUAAGACUGUGUAACAUAAGCCUUAUACAAUUUUUUACCAAAAUUAAGAAUUGGAUGGAGAUGGCCUUGAUGUCUACAGACUUCAAAGACAGAAUAACGAGACUGGAACACAAAUUUGCUGUAUCUACUGUGCUUUUUCGUAAAUUCCAACCCAUUUUUCAAGAAAUAUUUUCUGGACUGAUUAACGAGCCACCCAAACAUAAAAGCAAGAAACAAAAAUUACAACCAUGCACAACAAAUGCACUAUUUGAAUUCACUUGGUGUCUCUAUAUCUGUGUGAAGGGAGAGUUCCACAACUCGGCUGAUGAUCUAGUUGAUAUGUAUCAUGUUUUAUUAUCAUGUCUUGAUUUUGUAUUUGCUAAUGCCUACAUGGCGAGGCGGAGGGACUUAAUCAAUCCUGCUUUUAAAGGUUUACCAGAAAGUUGGCAUGAAGAUGAUUUUGAGUUACCAAAAAAGCCACCGUGCAUAAUAUCAGUGUUGUGUGAAAUCAAGGAGGGCUUGGCAGUUGAAGCUGCUACCAUGAAGGAAUACAGCUGGAGACCUGUUAUUAAGACAUUUUUUGAGAAGGGGAUUCUAAAAGGCAACAGCGAUCACCUAACAGGUUUACUAGAUAUGGGAACUUUUGAGACAAAUCUGAAAUCAUUGAACAAAGUUUACGAGACAUAUGUUUUAAGUGUUGGAGAGUUUGACGAAAGAAUAUUUUUAGGUGAACAUGCUACAGAACAGGUCGGCACUAAGAACAAAGUGUCAGGAGAUGAGAUAUCGCAAGUUAUUGCUUCAUUUGGCCCUAGCAGUCGCGCGUGCCCCGACACGCCGCUGACGGGGCGGCGCUACCUGGCGCACCGCGAGGAGCUGACGCCGGUGUCGGAGGCAACCAACAGCCUGGCGCGCCUCGCCGCCUUCCUGCGCCACACCAGGCCCAAACCCUCGCCGCACCUGCUGCGGUUCUUCGCCGACUGCGGGGUCAGCGAAGAGGCCAUAAACACCAAAGUGAUCCAACCGUGCCAGGGCUGGCAAGAGCAGUUUGCCACCAGUCUACGGGAGAGCCACUGCAGCAACGAGACUAUCGGUUUCCGGUGCAACAUGGUGACGUGCCUGUACUACAAGGUGUUGGAGCACAUCAUCAGAGAGGAGCACAGGAAGAAACCGCAGCUGUCUCUACAGAUCCUUCUAUCACAAGGCACGUACCAGCUGACAGUGUACGCUUGCUGUACGGAAGUCGUACUGCACGCGUACGGCGUCCACUCGCUGCGCUUCCCGCGCGUGCUGCAGAUAUACCAGCUCAGCGCCUUCACCUUCUACAAGAUCAUCGAGCUGCUGGUGCAAGCCGUAGUGGAGAAACUCAGCAGAGACGUCAUCAAGCAUCUCAAUGCGGUGGAGGAACAAGUGCUAGAGUCCUUGGUAUGGACAUCCGACAGUCCCCUGUGGGAGCAGCUCACGAAAACGCCCGUCCCCGCGUCUACUGACGUACAUAUAAAUGAAUCACCAAACAGCCGGAGAAAUAUAAGUGGUAUACAGUCGCCGGUUUCCGCCGCGAUCAACACUUUCAUAUCACCGAUGGCGGACCAGGCUAAGAAACAACUCUUCAACGACAAUGUCAAACCUGGGCAAUCAUUAUUAGUACAAGCCAACAAUGUGAAACACGGAGCGUCGCCGGCCACGUCGCCGCAGCACGCCGGCAGCGCGGACAGCACGCCCAACACCACGCCCAAGAAGACCAACAACUCCUUGAUACUGUUCUUUAGAAAGUUCUACGGCCUAGCGGUGGUGAGGAUGAACGACCUGUGCUCGAGGCUGGGCCUGGUGGACGACGAGCUGAAGCGCAAGAUCUGGACCUGCCUGGAGUACUCCGUCAUGCACCAGACGCAGCUCAUGCGCGACCGCCACCUCGACCAGAUCCUCAUGUGCGCCGUCUACGUCAUUUGCAGGGUAUCUAAUACAGCGACAAAUCAAGUGGAGAGAACGUUCGCGGACAUCAUGCGAUGUUACAGGGGGAGGCCAUUAGCCGACAGUCAUGUGUAUAGAUCUGUUUUGAUCAACAGGGGCAAUGAAGAAGAAUCACCAGAGAGAGGCGACUUGAUAAACUUCUACAACAAAGUGUACGUGAAAUGUAUGCAGACAUUCGCACUUCGGUUUACGGGAAAGCACAAAGAUGAGUGCAGUCUAUCUCCGCUGCCGGCGGGGCGGGCGGGGCGCGCGGGCCGCUCGCCGGGCGGGCAGCGCGUGUCCGAGCGGCACCAGCUGUACGUCAAGCCGCUCACCACGCCGCCCAACCACCAGCACCACCUCACGUACCGCUUCAGCCGGAGCCCCGCCAAGGACUUGCACGCCAUCAACACGAUGGUGUCGUGCGAGGUGGGCGGCGCCAAGCGCGUGGCGGACGGCGGCGACGUGGUGGUGAAGCGCGCGCGGUACGCGGCCGCCGGCGUCGCGCGCAAGCUGCAGGGACUCGUCAGCGACCGGCAGGCGGUGUGAGACUCGGUGAGUGGACUGUAUGUCGUGCGUUGUCACAUCUGCACGCCACCACACGAUGGUGUCGUGCGAGGUGGGCGGCGCCAAGCGCGUGGCGGACGGCGGCGACGUGGUGGUGAAGCGCGCGCGGUACGCGGCCGCCGGCGUCGCGCGCAAGCUGCAGGGACUCGUCAGCGACCGGCAGGCGGUGUGAGACUCGAUAUAAAACUACCCGCCAUAUGUACACGAGGCAUCCAAAUGAACUUCAGUCAUAUUUAUUGUGCUACCAAAUAUAUUGCGUUUAGCUCUCUAGGGUGUAUUCUUUUAACGUUGCGCUGUUCGACUAUUAUAUUGAAGAAUUUGAAAAAAAAAUUAUAAAUAAUAAUUGUUGAAGCUAAUUAUGUCAUAACAAUGUCGUAUCAUUUUAUAAUUUGAACUAUUGCGUGUGUUGUCCGAUAUAAUGAAAUAAAUGAUCUAGUCUCGCGCACUAUUUAUGUGUACUUUAAAAGAGAAUAUUCGCCUUUGGUAGGGAAAGCCCAUGAUGCUAAAUGGGGAUGUAGUCGAGCGUCGCGCGGACCUAUUACAUUAAAACAUAGGAAUAAAUAGUUAUAUUUAUAUUUCCGCUUACAGUGAGUGAGAAGAUUUCCAGAUUUUCAAGACGAUUACUUUGACUUGCGGAAAUAUUAUACUAACGGUAUAUUAUACAGGGUGCUCGGGAGUAUUUCCCAUAACUUGAAGGUGUUGACGAGUGCACUUAUAGGAGCCGAAGAACUGCAUAACUAAUAUUUUUUUAAAUAAAAAAUAAAAACUUUUUGUGAUUUCAUACAAAUUAAUUCAAAUAAUUCCCGACUAUCCAUGUAACACGCCUUUAUUCUUGCAUUUUAAAAUGCGUAAAAUUAAGCUACGUCAUAAUUAUAAGUAUGCGUAUAAGGGACACAUUUUAUGAUCUAUUUACAAAAGAAAUAUUAUUUACCCCGAAAAUUACCUUGAAAAUUUUAAAUUAAUUUUCGGUAAAUUCAGAUUUAUGGUCACAGUUGUUGGAAAUACUCCCCAGCACCCUGUAUACAUUUUUUUAUUAUUGUUGUAAAAUUAACCCUUUCAUUUUUGAGAUUUUCUCAUGAUCGAUUUUUUUGAUUGAAAUUGACGGGUUACCCUAAACGUGCGACUCUAUACUCAGACUCAAACUUGGUGGAGGUACUCAACAACAUAGGUCCCCCGCACCCCUUUGUUCGUCUGCUCGAUUAAAUCCCAAACCACUUGGGUUUCUGCACUUUGUCUAAUAUUUCCUUGUUUUCACUAAAUCAAAUUGUUUUGAGAAGUAAAAAUGUAGCAAUACUCACGGUUGGACUGUCGACAAUCAGAAUGUUGUGAAACUGGUUCUUAGACUUUAAACUUAUGAAACUGGUCCUUGGACUUUAAAUUAGAAACUGAUCCUUGGACUUGUAAACUAAUGAUCUAUGCAAAUUGCGAGUUCUUGAUGGCAAUGAGUAGGUUUCUUUUCUUUGUAAGAUUUGUUUUUUUCUUUUCUUAUUUUAAUCAUUAACGACUAGUUUUAAAGUAUCUAGAGACAGCCAUGUAAGAGUUUUUAAAAAUAAAUCAUGUACAGCCAUUAGCCAAUAUCAUAAAAUUAUACAUUUAAAUAUUUUUUUUUUUAAUUAAACCAAAAUUAAGAAGAUGUUAUAAAAAAGGCAAAAAAAAAAUUUUUAAGCAAUGCAAAAACAGCAUAAUUAUGAUGAUUUUAUCUAAAGGAUUUUUUUUAUGAUCACUUGGCAUUAAAUCAAGACAUGCUUAUAUGUCAAUUACAAUUACCUUGUAUAUAAAAACGAAUUAUUGUCCUUUAGUCUCGUUUAAAUUCUGUUUCAUGUGGUUAAAAAAAAUAUGGGAAUUAAGGUCAAAUGUCUAUAGGGUCAGUUAGGUUUUUUAAACCCGACCCGCUGUCUU